CACCAAGACAUUACCAAGCCAACGAGCAAGAAGCGGCCUUCACAAGUUGCUGUUGUAACUCUCAGAAGACGCUGUUGUACUCCUCUCUAGUGCACGUGACCAAUGAGACAUUCACAGCUGGUUGGUCAUCAAGAAGAAUAUCCUACUCAGCCACAGGGGAGGAAGAGUAAGAACUCUCACUGACUGAGGAGGGAGAGCAUUUUCUCGACACAGAGGAGGCGGCUCUCACCAGGUUGCCACUGACUGGUGUCUCUGUGAAGACCAAAGACCCUGGAGAAAAACCACCUGAGUCCUCACAGCUUCAUCAUAGUCAAGUGAGAGAUGAGAGAGGCAGAGUCAGAGCCCCCCGGUGUUAAAGAGGAAGAGGAGGAGCCACAGCCCAGCCACAUUAAAAAGGAAAACGGAGAGUCACAGCCUCCCUAUUUUAAAGAGGAAGAGGCGGAGUCACAGCACACCCACAUUAAACAGGAAAAGGAGGAGCCACAGCCCCCCUAUGUUAAAGAGGAAGAAGAAGAACUCUCCAUCACUCAGGAGGGAGAGCAUCUUCUAGGGCCGGAGGAGGCUGAUCUCACCAGGUUGCCACUGACUGGUGUCUCUGUGAAGACCGAAGACCCUGAAGACAAACCACGUGAGUCCUCACAGCUUCAUCAUAGUCCGAGUGAGGAGAUGAGAGAGGCGGAGCCUUCAUGCAGCAGCUCACUGCAACACAUGACAACAGAAGCUGAUGGAGACCACUGUGGAGGAUCACAAGCAGACAACCUCUUAGCUCCACUGUCAGAUAGUGACGACACAACGUCACACUCUCCUGAAGGUGAAGACAGCGACUUCAACCAAGAAUCUGUGAGCAGCGAUACAGACUGUGAAGGUGAUAUGAUGACUCACACUGGCAACAAACACUCUGAAAGCUCUAAAAAGAAGACAGGUAAACGUUUUAACUGCUCAGUUUGUGAUAAAAGAUUUUCUCGUAAGAGUAAUUUGUCUCGACACAUGAGAACACACACAGGAGAAAAACCUUUUAGUUGCUCAGACUGUGGUAAAUGCUUCACUCAAAAGUCAGUUAUGGGAUUACACAUGAGAACACACACAGGAGAAAAACCGUUUAGUUGCUCAGACUGUGGCAAACGCUUCACACAAAAGUCAGUCAUGGAAUUACACAUGAGAACACACACAGGAGAAAAACCUUUUAGUUGCUCACACUGUGGUAAAGGCUUCACUCAAAAGUCAGUCAUGGGAGUACACAUGAGAACGCACACAGGAGAAAAACCCUUUAGUUGUUUACACUGUGGUAAAGGCUUCACUUUAAAGGCAAACAUGCAAAGUCACAUGAGAACACACACGGGAGAAAAACCUUUUAGCUGCUCAGACUGUGGUAAACGCUUCAGUCAAAAGACACACAUGCGAUUGCACAUGAGAACACACACAGGAGAAAAACCUUUUAGUUGCUCACACUGCGGUAAAAGCUUCACUUUAAAGGCAAACAUGCAAACUCACAUGAGAACGCACACAGGAGAAAGACCUUUUAGUUGCUCAGACUGUGGUAGAGGGUUCACUAUAAAGGCAAACAUGCAAUUACACAUGAGAACACACAGGAAAAAAAACUUUCAGUGUGCUCAACCAGUUUUAAAAGUUUCUCUCUCAAGGUAAAUUUGGGAUCACAUGAGAACGCACAGAAGAGGAAAAACCUUUUAGUUGCUGAAAUUGUGGUGACACAUUUUUGAGGAGCGAUUAUUUGAUAAGACGGGCCGCACGGUGGUCUAGUGGUUAGCACGUUGGCCAAUACAGGAACAGCCUGGAGAUCGGGAAGACCUGGGUUCGAUUCUCCCCUGGGCAUUUCUGUGUGGAGUUUGCAUGUUCUCCCCGUGUGCGUGGGUUUUCUCCGGGCACUCCGGCUUCCUCCCACAUUCUCAAAAACAUGCAGGUGAGGUUAAUUGGCGACUCUAAAUUGUCCGUAGGUAUGAAUGUGAGUGUGAAUGGUUGUUUGUCUAUAUGUGCCCUGUGAUUGGCUGGCGACCAGUCCAGGGUGUACCCCGCCUGUCGCCCGAAGUCAGCUGGGAUAGGCUCCAGCAUGCCCCCGCGACCCUAAUGAGGAUGAAGCGGUAUAGAAAAUGGAUGGAUGGAUGGAUUAUUUGAUAAGACACAUGCAGAGUCACUGAUGGUCUCCUGCUUGACUCGCCUGACUUCCAUGCAGUCACUGUGUUGCUACUGUGUUGUAAUAUUCUUUGCAUGUGUCUUUGUUCAAUAAAUACAUCUUGUUUUUAUUCAUGUGUAAAAGAAAGACAUGGUGACUGCAGUGGUUUCAUUUGUAGUUAAAGCUGUUUUAUUUGACUGUAUGAUGUCAUCACUAAAUGCUGUAACUGAUGAAGUCACUUCCUGUUCCAUUACUUCCUGAUUGGGUCUGGAAAGUAGUGAUUUGAUUCCUUUUACUGACUUGAGUUCUUAUGAUUCACUCAUUGGGGUACGGACCGCUUUCAGGAGGCUUUUGAAGGCUUUGAGUGAAAGCAAAAUAGUAGUUUUUGCUUCUUUUUUUUUUAUUUUGCAGUGUUGUUUUGAUUUUGCUCAAACAAUUAUACUAUAAUUGUUAUAUAUUAUAAACAUAUUUUGUUGGUAUUGUUGUAUUACAUAUUGAUGAAAUGUUCACAAAUAAGCGUGCUGAUACAAAUUGACAAAAUUGUUCAAUUUUAUUGAAAAAUUUGAUUAAAAAGUCCAGUUUCGGUAUCAAAGUCAGCGAUACUGGCUCCACACUGAUUGGGUAUCGCAUGGAUUGCCUGAUGUUGUAUUUUAUUGUGCACAUUGAA